AUGUGUGGCCGCAUGGAGUUCACUGCUCUGGGCACCAACAUCUUCGUCGACACCAACCCGCAUAACCGCGGCGACCACGCUCCCCCAGCCGUCAUCUACAACACGGAGACCGCAGCCCUCACCGUGGGCCCGCGUUUUCCAUGUGGGAUUGAUCGCCUAGCAACUACCAUAGCUGUCGGCAAAACGAUAUAUGUCUUGACAACCGCAAACUUGCCUGAUCUCCCAUGUUUGCAAGCCUUGUCGUGGCGCAGAGUCGCCGCAGACAACAUAUGGGAUCCAUACAUGGAUUGGUCCUGGAACAGAGUGCAGUCACAACCACCGUUCAACGGAGUAGACAUCGUCGGCUACGCGUUGCACCCGGACGGACGUACCAUCUUCAUGUCUACAAGGAAGGGAACCCACUCCUUGGACACCAGCAACGGCGUGUGGGCAGACCUUGGGGACGACUGGGUUUUGCCCUUCAAAGGCCAAGCCUUCUUCGACGCAGAGCUAAAUGCAUGGGUUGGGACGGAUCGCAAGGGCGCUGGAUAUGUUUGCUGCUGUCAGGUUGCCUCACGCAGCGCCACCACCAAACGGCCGCUGGAAUGCAGGGUGCUCAAGGAGAAGCUGUUUCGCCGCAACAACGAGGAGCAUUACAUGGAGGAUGGCCGGCACAAGGAUGUCACUCUUACCUACAUGGGCGAUAGCAGGUUUUGCCUCGUCGAGAACAUCGUAUCCAGCAAGGAAGCCAUCGACACUGUGCUCCAUGUCACCUUGUUUGGCCUCAAGUAUGACCACAUGGGAGAGCUCCAAACUAAGAGUCGCCGUGGCACUAGGUCCUAUGCAGUGUCCAAGAACACUCGUUAUUUCUCUCAUGCAACAUUCUGGAUGUAA